AUGCUUAAGCUAAGAGAGCUCGCGAGGACGAAGCCUCGCGUAAUCGUUCGCCAAAUUCCCCCAAUCGACGAUCGAUUCGCGGCAUUCCAGGCGGAGAUCGAGGGCCUCGCGGCUCGAAUUCGCGCAUUGGGAGCGAGCAAAGAUCUCGAGGGGCUCAGGCAAAUCCAGCGGCGGCUCCGCGAGAGCGACCACCGCGAGAAUGCGCUCCUCUGGAACCUCCUCACGCAGAGCUAUGGCAACUGUGGCAGCGCGGCAGAUGCCCAGAGGAGCUUCCAGCAGAUCGAGCGCCCCAGCAGCGUCUCCUGGAACAUUGUCAUCCAGGCGUGCGCCCGGGGCGGGGAUCUCCGCCAGGCGCGCAAGAACUUCGACGCGAUGCCAAGACCUAACGUGAUCUCUUGGACGGCUAUGGUUGCAGCAUAUGCUCAAAGAGGGCAUUUUGACGAAUCAAAAGCCUUGUUUGAUGCUAUGCCCGUUCGCAACGAGGUAGCAUGGAACACGAUACUCCAAGCCUACGAUCAAAACCUUACACGCACCAUUUUCUACAAGAUGCCGCACUGGAACAACAUUUCUUGCACAGCCAUGAUCAAAGCAUUUGCCGACAAUGGGCAUUUACUGCAAGCACAGAGUUUGUACAAUUCUUUGCGCGAUCCAGAUCCACUCACAAGUACGUGUAUGUUACACGCAUACUCACAAAACUCGAAAUUCGAUGACGUGAAGUUUGUGUUUGACAACAUGCCCGUGCGAAACGAGGUAGCUUGGAAUACCACUAUUACUGCAUAUGCCCAAAGAGGGUAUUUGCAGGAAACGAUGGCGCUGUGGAGAAACAUGCCUCUCCACGAUCGAGUAAGCUGGAAUUCGAUGAUCCAGGCAUUGCUGUUCGUGGGUCUCAUAGAUCAGGCGAAGGUUGUGUUUGAUUGCUUCCCGGAUCCCUGUGUCUUCACCUGGACGAGCAUGAUCGCGGGGCUGGGACAAAACGGCGCGACGGUGGAAGCGAGGGCUGCCUUCGAUGCAAUGCCGGAGCGCAACGUCGUGUCGUGGACGGCGCUGCUGCAGGCCUACGCGAUGAUCGGCGAUGUGGCUCUGGCGAUCGCUUCGUUCCAGCGAAUGCCCCAGUGUAAUCUCGUGUCCUGGACCGCGAUGCUCACGACGCUGGCGCAGGGUGGUCGGUUGGGCGAUGCGAAGGAGUAUUUUGACGCCAUGCCCGAGCGCAACCAGGUGUCGUGGAAUUCGUUUGCGGCGGCAUUUGCUCAGGGAGGAGAGCCCGAUUAUGCUGGAGCAGUGCUGGAUCGAGCUCCAGCUCUGGAUGAUUUCUCGUGGACGCUGUGGAUCCAGAUGCUGGGCGAUUGCGGCUUGGUUGGUCUAGCAAAAGAUAUCUACGAUUACGUUGGGCGGGAAAAUGUGGUGGCUGGAAACGCGAUGAUACAAGCAUAUGCCCAAAAUGGGCAUUUAGAGGAAUCGCAAAAGAUCUUUCAUAUGAUGCAGCUGAAGAACGUUCUUGUGUGGAAUGCUAUGCUCAAGGCCUUUGCGCUGCAUAGCCGCGUAACGGAAAGCUCACAGGUAUUUGAGAAAGCUCCACUCUGGGACGCACAAUCUUGGACUUCUAUGAUUCUAGCAAAUGCCCAAAAUGGGUAUCUAACCAAAGCCAAGUCCCUGCUUGAGAAAUCUCCAGAGAGAACGGUUUUUUCUUGGAACGCUUUGCUGGUAGCGUAUGCCCAAAACGGACAUGCCCGAAACGGAGUAAUCCUUUUCAGAGACAUGGUUCUUGACGGAUCUUGCAAGCCUGAUGACGUCUCCUUUGUGAGCAUUCUCAGUGCUUGCGCCCAUGCUGGGCGAGUCCGAGACGCUGUGGAGCACUUCACUGGGAUGAUCUCCGACCACUUCGUCCAGCCGAGCUGCGAGCAUUUCCACUGCAUGGUGAGUGUUUUGGGCCGUGCUGGUAGAUUGGUGGAAGCCGAGAGUUUGAUCUACAGCAUGCCUUUCGUUCCGGAUUCCAUCGCCUGGAAGACGCUGCUGAGCUGCUGCCGGAUGUAUAACGAUGUGGAGAGAGCCGAGCACGCGGCCGAGUGUGCGUCGGCGCUAGAUCUACAGGCCUCCUCGUCUCCUUUCGUGCUUCUGGGUAAUGUUUACACGGAAGAACUCCUCGGCGGUGUCCACUCUGGAAUGAUCGAUGAUGACCAUCAAAGUUUGAUCAUUGAGUGA